AUGCUGUUCCGAUCGAGCUUGCUGUCUAACCGGACGGCCAUGUCUCCUGCAGGUCCAGAACACGAUCGACUACGCCCUCCGCCAUACUUGUCUUCUGCCCACGGCUCCGUAUCUUACUCGCCGAGGCGACCGACUGAGCGCAGUCGCCGUGCCCACCCGGGACGCUUUCCGGCCCCGUUGAUCGAGCCCCGCCAACGCCGCCCGCACUCCAUCCACAUCAUCUCAUAUCCACCCGGCUUCGUGCCACACGACCUCCGCCCGAGUUCACCUGGGACGAAAUUAUCCAAGCGCGAGAAGCGGGAGAGUAAGGCAAUAAAGAAGCAGGAAGCAAGGGAACGCAAAAGGGAAGAGAAGAAUAGGAAGAGAGCCGAGAGGGAACGGACAGAGAAGCAGGAGAAGAGACGCUCUCUCCUAUCACUCCCAGAGUCCGGCGAGAGUGUUGGCAGGGUCAUCGACAAGAUUUUUGCCGCCCUUUCUAUCACGCCGAAACCAGCGCCUACUGUUUCCGCGACUCCCGUCUCAAGGGACCGGCCUCGGUCCUUAACUUUCGUCAGCUUCGUCAGCUUCGUCCAGAGGUUGUCUCGACGUGAACCAGCAGUAGAAGUACCCAUAUUUAUCGAGGAACCGGUGCCCGGGACGCCGAUCAUGACAGGCGUCGCAGGCGCCCGUCCCCGUCCCGUUCCGGCGGGCACUACCGUCAUGUCGGCGAAUCGAAACAGCAUGAUGUCGAUACGAUCGGCAAAGACUAUGAUAAGCUCGUCCAUUUCCGAGGUCCAAAAGCCAGUGGCAUCAGGAAGCGGCGUUUCCUGUUCCAUACUGCUGGCCGAACCCAACGUCUUCUUGACCGGCUUCGACCACGACCACCAUACGCGCCGCGGAGGCCAAACGACGAGCGCAUUGCUUCGCGGAAAGCUGCAGCUGAACGUGUCCAAGAACGUCAAGAUUAAGUCGAUAACACUUAAGCUCGUCGGCAAGGCGAGGACAGAAUGGCCCGAGGGCAUUCCGCCCCACAAGACAGAUUUGUACGAGGAACAGGUCCUGCGGACCCAGUCCCUGGUCUUCUUCCAUGCCAUGCACGAGGGCAUGUGGGACACCGAGUACGGCAGCCAGUGCACCUACACCCACAAGGCCGGCGGCCUGAUAAGCGCCCUGCAGCCGACUGCCUCGACCGGAUCCCUGCAUAUUCUCGGGAAGGGACGCAGCAGCACUCUCACGGCUAAGGAACUAAAGCGACUCUCUUUGCAGUCCGUCAACUCGCGGAGCUUUGGAAAGGGUGACUCACCGCAUAUCAACCAGGUCCAGGUCAAAGGGUACAAGGUUUUUCACCCCGGAAUCUACGAGUAUACGUUUGAGCUGCCUAUCGACCACAACCAGCUCGAAACGGCCAAGCUCCCGUAUGGGUCAGUGCGCUGGGAUCUUGAGACCACCGUGGAGCGGGCGGGUGCCUUCAAGCCCAACCUCCACGGCACAAGAGAAGUGCCGAUUGUCCGUCUCCCGGACCAGAUGUCUCUUGAGACGGUCGAGCCAAUAUCCAUCAGCCGGAACUGGGAAGACCAGCUGCACUACGACAUCGUCAUCUCGGGCAAGAGCUUCCCUAUCGGAGGCAGGAUACCAAUCGCGUUCAAACUCACACCGCUUGCCAAGGUGCAGCUCCACAAACUCAAGGUUUUUGUUACAGAGAACGCCGAGUACUGGACCAACAACCGCCACGUGACGCGCAAGGACCCCGGCCGCAAGAUCUUGUUGUUCGAGAAGACGGCCGGCAGGCCGGUAGACAAGCAGUACGCCGCCAGCGAGAUGCGCGUGCUUAGCGGCGGUGAGCUCGACCCUCUCCAACGGCAGGAGGCCAGGCGGACGGCAGCCUGUCGCCGUAUGAGAGAAGCAGCAAGGAACCGCGGAGCCCCCGAGCCGCUCCCUGAACCCAGCGACAACCUUCUUGGCGACCUGGAAUUGGGUCUCGAGAGCUUUUGGGCGAGCACCGAGAUCGAGAUGAACGUCCAGCUGCCCACCUGCGACAUGAUGGCCCGUGACAAGACUCUCCGGUUGCACCCUGACUGCAGCUGGAAGAACGUUAAUGUCUUCCACUGGAUUAAGGUCGUCAUGCGCAUCUCGCGCGCAGACCCCGACGAUCCCACAGGCAAGCGCCGACGGCACUUCGAGAUCAGCAUUGACAGCCCGUUUACCGUUCUCAAUUGCCGCGCGACAAGGGCAAACACUGCGUUACCGCAGUACAGCGGCAGUGGCGGGCCGGUCCCUGAGCAGCGGCAGCAGAUGACAUGCGGGUGUCCCGACGCCCAGCCGUUGGACCAGAGCCCUGCCGGACUGGCCCGGCCCCUCACCAUGACCGAGGAGGACUUCAUCACUCUGAGCGGACGCCAACUCCGCCUGGAUUGUUCCAUGGCUUCGCGUCUACCUGCCCAACCCCAAGCAGCCCAUGUCCACGCCGCCAGAGGCGUUCCCCAACAAAGCACCCUCAUCCACCAGGCCCGGCCAGAAACGUCCCACACGCCGGUUGAGGAGCGGCCGAUCCACCUCAUCCGCCACCCCUCGCACAAUCCCCCGGCGUUCGACGCCGACGAGUCACCGCCGGAGCUACCGCUGCAGACGCCGCCGCCCUGCUACGACCUGAUCGUGGGUACGCCCAGCGUGGACGGACUGGCCGACUACUUCGCCCGGCUGGCCGCUUACGAGGGCGUCACCACCACCACUACCACCACCACCACGAGAGCAGCAGCAGGAAACUCCUGCCACAGCCACCAGCCUAACCCCGACGCGGUCGUCACUGACCGGUCCGACAGCGACAGCGACACAAACACUAUCGGCCCGGACACCACCGACACCACCACGGGCCUUCCGAUCACGGCGUCCACUACUUCUGCGUCAGCACAGCGGCAGCAGCCUUGCUUAUUGGGCGGAGGUGUCGGUCCUGAUGAGAAUGACAAUGACGUUGAUCCAUUCAGACACCUCCGUCCGACGCCCUCCGGAUCGCCCGGAGCGCCCGGAGCAGGCGGCAUACUAGAGGCAGUAGCAGCAGAGGAAGCAGCACCACCACAACACCCCCACAGAGAAGAAGAAGAGGGCGUCCAUUAUCAUCACCACCACGCAGACGAUGCGUCCUCCUCCUCGUCAGCAUCAGACGAUGACCUCGACGACGACGGCGUCGGCGGCAGCGGCCAAGCGAGGCUGCAUCGUCGGGGGCGGGUCAAUGUGGCGAACCCGCGGACGCCCGGCGGGCGCCUUGUGCCGAGCAGGAGCCUGGAGGACCUUGCUAGCAAUCAUGUCGAGCGGCCUGCUGUCCGGCUGGACAUGGCUGGUGUUUUGCUGCGCAGGAGGGGGAUGUAA